AGCCGUUUUUCUUCUCCUGCCCCUUCCUUCUUUGCGCCAAACGCCUUCUCAUGUAUCUAUCUGCCCUUCUCCAAGCCUGCUCCCAUCUCUUUGGUUUCAGAAACCCUAGAUCCUAUCUUUCUCUCUCCCUCGCGGCGAUCCGAGAUCGGAAAAGUUUAGAUCUUUAGGUUCUUCUGUUUCUUGAAUUCACCCUUGACUCAGCCCGGAUCGAUCAAAAAUCCCGAUUUCUUGAUUGUUCUUCCGUUGUUUUUUUAAUAAGAAAGGCUCCAUCUUUCGAUCCAAACUAAAGAAGGCGUUGUAGGUGCCAUAUCCGACCGAUCGGAUGAGGAGACUCUCGUAAAGGGUGUUGAGGAUGGUAACGGGGAGUUCCGUCAAGAUGGCGCCAGUAACCCUAACGAAUGGGAAUUUCGACGAUUUCGAGAAGGAUCUCGAGGCUUUGCUUCGUGAGCAGCAGCAGCAGGGAAGAGCUGAUUUCGAUCUGGAGCGGGAUGAGAUCAAUAUCUUCCGGAGUGGCAGCGCUCCUCCGACUGUGGAGGGAUCAAGAACCGCUUUUGGGAGCAUGUUCGGCCCCUCCGAACUUGCCAAGGCCCGUCUCUUUGAUGACGGGGAUGGCGGAGAUGUGCUGUCUGAGGAAGAGAUCCGAUCGCAUCCUUCCUAUUUAUCCUACUAUUACUCCAAUGAGAAUUUGAAUCCCAGGCUUCCUCCUCCCGUGGUAUCGAAGGAGGACUGGCGUGCGGCACAGAGGUUCCGUGCUGGUUUUGGAGGGAUUGGAGAUAUGAGGAGGAAGGAAUCGGGGGAUGGUCAUGGGAGCAGCAGCUCUCUCUUUUCUUUGCAGCCGGGACUCCCCAUGCGUGAUGCGGAACGGGAGAUGGUCGAGCCAAGCAGAGGGGUGCCGCAGAAGCUGUCCCAGCAGCAGUCAGCGGAGUGGCUCGACCGGAGCACUGAUGGGCUUAUUGGGUUGCCAGGCGUUGGGUUAGGCACAAGGAGAAAGAGCUUUGCAGAUGCCUUGCAGGAAGAACCUGGCCACCAUACUUCUCUGUCUCCACAUAUUUCACGCCCAGUUAGUCGUAAUGCUUUUGACAAUGCUGAUCCAGUAGGAGUUCCUGAUUUGCAUCUAACGCAACUUCGUAAUGCGGCAGACACUAUUGAUGGCUGGCAAUCUGGAGCAACUUCCUCUGGUCUUGUUAGGGUCCAAAGCCUUGGUUCAUCAAUUUCUCAUUCGUUUGCAUCUGCUGUUGGAUCUUCUCUAUCUAGAAGUACAACACCUGAUCCUCAAUUAAUUCAGAGGGCCCCAAGCCCCAUAGUUCCUCCUGGGGGAGCAAGGUAUAGGGAUAGUGAUACAAAGCCCGUAGUUGGAUCAAAUGGCUUAGGUGGUGUUUCCUCUUGUUUGGCUGAUUGUGGUGAUUUGACAGAUGCUAUGUCUAAUUUAAGCCUAUCCAAGAACCAAAUAACAGAUGGAGAAAGUCAUGUUCACGGACUGCUUCAUCAAGAGUUUGCCGAUCAAUCUGAAUUGCUGUUCAAUAUGCCUAGUGAUCAUAGACAAUAUUUGCAGCAGAAAAUCACAAAUAAGUCUGAGGCAGAGUUACUAAAAACUCCAUCUAUUCCUUUUUUGGCAUACAAUGAUCUUUCCAAGAAAAAUGGUAAUGUAACAGAUCUGAAUUCAUGCAAAUUAAGUUCAAAUGGGCAAAUCAACUUGCCAAAGCAAUCACCAUAUCCAAAUAUUUAUAAGAAAGUAGCUUCUAUGGGUUCAACCAGUUCCACAGGUUCUAAUAAUCCAUAUCAGAACUCUAAUAUGACAAAUGUUGACUUCAUUGGAUCUAAUUCAAAAGCUUAUUCUGUCAGUCAUGGGACACCAACAAUGUUGAACAGUCAUCUUGACGCAGGUGUAACAGUAGCAGGAACUGCAGAAGGACCAUAUCUGAAUAUGAAUGGAAACCAAGUGGGAUCUGGUUUCCAGUUACCAAUUAUGGACCCCCUAUAUGCACAGUAUUUACAUAACACUUCUAAUGCUGCCAUACAUGCUGCUUCCUCAGGGAGGAACUAUCUUGGUACUUCACAUAUGGAUUUGUCUGAGUAUCAAAGAGCAUAUCUUGGAGCAUUGCUUGCCCAGCAGAAAUUGCAGUAUGGCAUGCCAUUCCUCGGGAAAUCUGGUAGCUUAAAUCAUGGCUUCGUUGGUGGUCAUGCUGUUGGUCUUGGCAUGCCAUAUCCGGCAAGUCCGCUAUCUAGUUCUGUUCUCUCUUCUUUGGGCUCUGGGAAUCCUGCAAUGCAAAAUGAGCAUUUGUCACGUUCCCCCUCCUUCAUGCGAAGUGCUGCUGUUGGAUCCAUGGGAUCAUGGAACCGAGAAGACGGAGUUAUGGAAGAGAAUUAUGCAUCAUCGUUGUUGGAAGAAUUAAAAAACAACAAAACUAGGUCAUUUGAACUCUCAGAUAUUGUAGGUCAUGUAGUUGAAUUCAGUGCGGAUCAGUAUGGAAGUCGUUUUAUUCAACAGAAACUUGAAACUGCGUUGGUCGAAGAGAAGAAUAAAAUUUUUCCUGAGAUACUUCCUCAAGCUCGUGCUUUGAUGACUGAUGUUUUUGGAAAUUAUGUUAUACAGAAAUUCUUUGAACAUGGUACUGAAAUCCAGAGAAAGCAGCUAGCAAGUCAAGUCAAGGGUCAUGUUUUGCCUCUCACUCUUCAAAUGUAUGGUUGUAGAGUAAUUCAGAAGGCAUUAGAAGUCGUUGAUGCAGAUCAGCAGACUCAAAUGGUGUUAGAGCUUGAUGGAUCAAUCAUGAAAUGUGUUCGAGAUCAGAAUGGUAACCAUGUAAUCCAAAAAUGCAUCGAACGCAUUCCCCAAGAAAGAAUCCAGUUUAUUAUAUCAUCGUUCUAUGGACAUGUUGUUGCACUCUCCAGCCAUCCAUAUGGUUGCCGGGUCAUUCAGAGGGUCCUUGAGCACUGUGAUGAUCCGAAAACACAAAGCAUUAUGAUGGAUGAGAUCCUCCAAUCUGUGUGUUCUUUAGCACAAGACCAAUAUGGAAAUUAUGUCAUUCAACAUGUUCUGCAACAUGGUAAACCAGAAGAACGAUCUACUAUAAUUAGCAAGCUUACUGGGCAGAUAGUAAAGAUGAGCCAGCAGAAAUUUGCUUCCAAUGUUGUUGAAAAGUGCUUGACAUAUGGGAGUCCGGAGGAACGCCAACUCCUAAUAAAUGAGAUGCUUGGUUCAACUGAUGAAAAUGAACCCUUACAGUUGUGCUUUGAUCGAAGUUGGUGUCACAAGACCAUGGUUUGGAGUAUUUUGUAAUGUCAACUUGUCUUUGACUCACCCACCCCACAGAAGUCCAUAUCUUGGGACCACAUUUAUGCAUAGUCCUGGUAUGAGCUAACACUGUCAUCUUUUUUCAUCAUAUGCUGAUUGUUACAUAGUGCUAUGGUAUCGACAUAGCUAGUGUUAAUUAAAUGAAAGUUUGUGAUGCGUGAUAUUCUUGUAAAACUUGUUAUCUUUCACAAACAAUUCUUCAGCUAUUUGGAGCUACCGGUGUGUGCAUGUGCUUAUGUGUGCACGUGCAUGUGAUAUUUGAUCAGCAACAACAUGCAUAUCUGAGGGAAUUUGAUAGAGUUUUUCAUAUGUACCUUUUUUGUGGAAACCAGCUAUGUUUGCUAGCAGUAGCAGCCACCUGGGAGACUUUCUAGUUCAUCAUGUAUAUAAGGGCCAAACUUUUCAUUUCAAAGGUGGUUUUUAUAUUCAGAAAGUUAGUUUGACUGAUAAUCUACUAUUUUCUAGAUAUAUCUAGCUUAUCAUAGGUUUAGGUUUCCUAAUAUGCCUUUUACAAUCUUGUAUUUAUUUUCACAUCAAAGUCUAAUAAUGCUCAACAUUACCAUGUUACAGUAAGUUGUGCAUGUUUUGCAGAAAAAAUGUACUUUACUUAAACCUUGACUAGGCUUGCCUUACUUCGCAAUUUAGCACCAUGAGUACCUUCUGGUUGAAUGAUGGUGAAAACCCUAAAGGACAAGCCCCCUACACUCAUGCUGAUUCAACUAAGCAAUGGAGCAACUAAGCGAUGGAUAUCUCAACCUUGACUUGCCUGGAGUUACGUGACAAUUUCUCCAUAUCAUUGGACCGUACACUUCUAAUUGAAAGAUAGGAAAAAACCUAAAGCAUGUCUACCCAAGAUUCAAAGCAGUGCAGUACGCAAUGAUGAAGGGGCAACAACAGUGCAUUAGAACUCAAAGCUCCACCAGCAAAUCAUUUAGUGGAAUAUUCUCACCAUUGUAAUGAUAUCAAGAUCUCGACAGUUAAGCUUGAAAAAUAUAGGACAUUUUAGCUGGCUGCAAGCUAACUAGCUGUAUCAAGAUAUCAACACCUUACUUCACAUAAUGGGUUUGUUGAUAGAGAAGGGGGAAGUUACAUUGGGUUUUUAUUCACGCCCCUGCAGUAAAAGCUCAAUUUUGUUGUAUCCAAUUGCACAAAUCAAGGACUUGCACCUGUGGCUAAAGAAGUUGCAUA